AUGGGCUCACGCGGCGUAGAAAAGUGCCGUUGGUUGGUGGUAGUAGUAAUAUGGGCAUGUGGUGCUGCAGCAAGAACAUUGUGCCCGCCGCGCUGUGUGUGCGACGACGCGCUACGAGCCGCAUCCUGUGCGAAUGCUGGCUUAGAAAUUGUUCCAAUUCAACUAAAUCCCGAAGCUACUCAUAUCAAUCUGACCCACAAUGCAAUCGACAAUUUGCUGUAUACCUUCGCCUUUUACACGCAACUUACCAUCCUCGAUAUUUCUUACAACAGAGUACAAGACUUAGGUAGUAAAAAUUUUGAUAAUAAUUUGGAGAUGACUCAUCUUAAUGUUAGUCACAAUGCGCUCAAACGAUUAGAUAAAGAUACAUUCAUUGGCUUGAAGAGGUUAAUUGAUUUAGAUUUAUCGAAUAAUGAAAUAUCCAAUAUACAUGUACAGACAUUUAAGGAUCUCACAGUGCUUGAAAGGCUAGAUCUAUCUAGUAACAUGUUAGUUAAUUUCGAGGCUGACACAUUCGACCCCCUAGCAUCGCUAAAAGUUUUAUCUCUAAAAAAUAAUUCCAUAUUAGAAAUUCCAUCAACAAAUUUAAUAUUUACAAUUCGAUUAGAAUUUUUGGAUCUGUCUGAGAAUUUGAUUGAACAAGUAGAAAAGCAUGGUAUACCAUAUUUAAAAGAAUUGAAACAUUUGGAUUUCAAGAAUAACGUGAUUGAAAGGGUGGACCAAUUGGGUCUACAUAAUUUACCUUCAUUGCGCCAUUUGGACCUAAGUGAUAAUAAUUUGACAUCGGUGCCUACUUCAGCGCUAUCAAAACUUACUAACUUAUCACAUUUAUACUUAAGUGGAAACUUUUUUCAUAAUAUUACAUCUUUGUCCUUUCAAAGCCUUUUCCAUUUAAAACAUUUGCACUUGAGUAGUCUUCACAAUUUAGAAAAAAUUGAUUCAAGAGCUUUUGUAGACAAUAUCAACCUGCAAAAGAUUUGGAUGAAUGAAAAUAUAAAAGUACGAGAAGUACCACCGAGGCUAUUCCAUGGAAAUCCGAAAUUGACGCAUAUAUUUAUGAGAAACAAUGCGUUGGAGACACUUGAAGCUUCCCAUUUCCCAAUUGACACACUACAAGAGCUUGAAAUAUCUGGUAAUCCAUUUGUGUGUAACUGUUCUCUUUUGUGGCUAUGGAAAUUAGGAAGAGAUAGUGAAUUACGCAAUAAAAAAUCAGAAAAUUCAAGUACUGUACUUAAAAUUGAUUAUGAAGACGUGAAAUGUUCUGGACCAGAACACUUGAAAGGUGUUUUGUUUAUACAAAUUCCGGAAUCAGAAUUUGGGUGCUCAAGUGGGUGGGUGAUAGUGGCGGUUGUGGUGCUAACUGUGAGUAUAAUAAUAAGUGUAGUAGGUGGAGUUCUAUAUUUCAUGGGACCCUUGAAGCGGUGCAAAGGUGAUAAAUCAAAGCAGGUGAUGAACAGUGUUAUGUUAAAUGGUGAUGUGUCUAAAUUAGGGAAUGGAUUAGGAUAUUCAACACGUAGUAAAGAACAAGACACCAAAAGGGAUGUGGAUCGGUAUCUUAUGAUAGGUUCAUCAGUAACUAAUAAUUUUCAUUCCUUAAACCCUCCUUGGCAUAGUAUGGACAAAAAUGCAUAUUACCAAGAAGACAGUGAAGAGCAUAUUUACCAACAAUUUGCGUAUGAGACAAUUCCUCAUCACAGAACCCCAGAGAAACCACACAUAGUGUAUGUU